UUGGACACUAACCCCACUGAUGCGACAUCCAGGAGGAGCAGACUUUGGUGAAUCGUUCGCCCAGCUCGCCUCACAUGGUUUGCAUUGAUUGGAUUUGGGAAAAGCAUGCGGAGCUUUAAGUUUAGCGGUGUGCUGUCCAGAAACUGACCUCGGGUAAACCCACAGAGAGUCGGUGGACUUUGGAGAGAUCCUGCAGAGGUUUUUUUUGCGCAGCACGGGAACUCGCGAGGAUGAUCUCCAAGCCCGAAGCUACGACAAAGGAGUGAGUGAUAUUUAACGUGUUGAAGGACGCAUCGGCAGCCAUUGAGAAUCGGUCCAAGAUGAUGUCACUGAUAGAUCUGGACGAUGAGCAGCGAUGGGUGCCCACUCACGUGAAUGUCACCGUCCUCCGCGCGAGAGGACUGCGCACCAAGGGCAAGCACGGCAGCCGCUACCUGUACACCAUCAUCCAGGUGGGGAAGGAGAAGUACACCACCGGGCUGGUGGAGAAGGCGGAGAUGCCCGAGUGGAACGAGGAGUGCUGCUUCGAGCUGCUCCCGGGGAUCCUGGAGGACGGCGGCCGGAGCUCGUACCCUCCUGGGAGCGGAGACCUGGUGCUCACCGUCAUGCACCGCGUGCUAAUCGGGCUGGACGUGUUCCUCGGACAGACCAUCAUCCCUCUGGAUAAGAUAUUCCAGGAGGGGAUGUGUCCUCGAGAUGAAUGGUUCAAGCUCAACUCUAAGGCCGGCAGGAAGGAGAAGGAGCGCGGUGAACUCCAGGUAACGGUCCAGUUCACCCGUAACAACAUGACCGCCAGCAUGUUCGACCUCACCAUGAAGGACAAACCUCGCUCCGCUUUUGGAAAGCUCAAGGACCGCGUCACAGGGAGGAAGAGGGGCGACAUGGAGUCUUCCUCGGCCAUCGUGCCCGGCCGAUACGCCGCCCUCUCAGGGUCCCUGGGGCAGCCGUUUGGGGAGGACGGCGGCGGGCCGGUGCCGUCGCAAGAUAUCGAGAUAGUUGAGGAGAAGAGGAGCAAGGUGAAAGAUUUCUUCAAGGGGAGGCUGAGGAAGUCGUCCGACACCAGGUCGUGCUCAUCUCUGGCGUCGGACAGUAGCGUGUCUUCCAUGGCCAGCGAGAACCCGGGCCCACCACCCAGCCUGGACCUGAUGUCGGACCCCCCCAGCUCUCCCAUCUACAGCAGCAAAGUGAGAGUGGACACCCACUAUGGAGAGACGGAUUUAGCUAAAAAAGUGCUCACCAGCCAGCACACCACAAGGGUUCUCACGCACAAGCGAGCCUUAAGCGAUGAAGCUAGCAAGAUCACAACAGCCCUCCCUCGAACCAAUCCGGCGCUGGAGUCUCUGAAGGGUCAGACCAUGACUCAGUCCAAGUCUUCCUUGUGUAUAAAUGGGAGUCAUGUCUAUGACUCUGAACCGUCCACUCCGAGGAUUUCAGGAGCCCAUCCGUCCAAGCUGGUCCUGUUGGAGAAGUGCUCCCCGCUCUCUCGCUCCCUGCAGAACAUCACCAAGAGAAGUGAAGACAAAAGCUCGUUCUCCGAGGGCCGACGCUGGUCCUUCGAUAAGACAAAGAAAGAGGAAAAAGAGGAAAGGGAAGCUCAGGCAUCGUCUUCAUCGAGUCAGCAAGUUUUGACUGGAGGUCAGGCAGCAACGGCAGGAGUCUCCUCUGCGUCGGGCUCACCUGAGAAAGGCAGGAGGCUAAGAAUGACGCUGUUCUCUGGGGGGAGAAGUGAGUCCCUCCCAGCAAAGUCUGAAUUGAACCAGCCUUCCUCCACAUCUGAAGGCCGGCUCAGAGGCUGGUUUGGCUCAGGUGACUCCCAGAACAAGCCAAGGCUGGAAGUUUCUCCUAAGGUAGAAAGCAGCUCAGACGUACCCCCUCCCCUCCCUCCUCGCUCCCCUGUUCCUCCUAAGUACUCCUCUCCCUCUGCCUCUCCCUCUGGUCAUGCCUCCCCCGACGACUACAGCCACACCAACCCCUUCACCCCUUCUCCCGGCUCGACCCCCAUCUCCCCGGCCAACCCUUUCCCCUCACAACGCAACCCCUUUUUCGAAGAGCUCAUAGCUGAGGAGCUGCAGAAGUCCCCGACUUUUGCACUUUGCUACACUCCUAGCUCAUCACCUUUUCAUUACACCACCGUGCCAUCUCAGCCCUGCACGCCCAGCUCUGCUCAUGAUGUGAACGCUACAAAUAUGGCUUCCAUUAAGCGGGAGCGCCCCAGGCCUGUAGCUAGGCAGAUCUCCCUCCCUGCAUUACUUCCUAAAGCAGGCGACCCUAACUCCUCUAACAACUCGGCCCCUUGCUCUGUGAGCUCAGGAGAAUGGGAGGACUCGUUUGACGCCUUCGCCUCAAGCAGGCUGAACUCACCGAAGUCGAUAACCAGUCCAACCUCCUCUAGUAGGCACAGCAAUCCUCCAAUUAACACGAAAAGUCUCGCUCAAGAACUGGCAGCAUGUGAAGAGGAGCCACCGCCUCUGCCUCCAAGGAGACUUUUACGAAACUCCGUGAACGAGAUCUACUCAGACGGCUGGUUGCACAGAGGUCAAGAGCUGGCUGUCCACAAAGAAGCCUACCUUCUGUCUCAGACCGGCGUUGCCUCUCUGCAACGUGGAAGAGAAGGAGAAUCAAAAAGGAACAGCAUGUCUCCAGACCCUCAUACCGGCAGCGAUACUUCCGAGUCCCUUAGCGUUCACUCCCAACCUUACAGGAACGCCCCUUCACCUGGAUUCGUAUCCAAAGAGAAGCUCAAGAAGUUUAAGUAUGAGCCUUUGGAGGAUGACGCUGACUUCUGGGGAGGAAUGUUGUUUGAGCAAGACUUGUACGGACGUAUAUGCCAAGGAAGCUACAGAAAACCCAACGUACACAGCCAACUUUUAUCGAUGAAUGCUGAGACCAGAGGCAAGACAAAGCCAGUGGAUUCAGUGUCUAAAAAGCUUUUUGAAAGUGAAUUAUCCAUUGCAGACCUUUUGAACAUAUCAUCCAUUACUCCCUCGAACUUAGACGUAAAGGAGCAAGAUAUGAAAACUACACCGGAAGAGAACGAGUCCAUUCCUCCUGAAACAGAAUGCAUCAACAACAAUGUGUCUUUCUCGCUGACUUUAGGAGAUCUAAACAUGAAUGUGAACCAUUCGGACUUUGGCUUUAUCGACUCGGACGGCUCUUCUCAGUCAGAGGGAGUUGAUACUCUCAAAGGCAUCAACAGCUUCAGCGAGACCGUUCCACAUCUGCAGGACGAGUCACAAAUAGCUGCAACCACACCGGAGGAUAUGUUCACCUUGAAGGACACCUACAUACCUGAGAUGAACUCGUCCUUUGAAAUAACAUCAUCCAACAAACUCUGCAAAGUCUCGCCGGUUUGCCAAGAAAAUUGCCAAGAUUGCCGAUGUGGACUGAAUAAUCUGGCACCACAUGGUAACUCUAGGGCUAACACUGAGAUUGCUGCUUUAACAGCUGAUCAGUCAAAUCCAGAAAACAAAUUACAAGAACGACAAAGUGAUUUCAAAAAGGCACCAAAGGACUUUGAUGACAACGGAAACCUCCAAGGUGCAGCUACCCAGAAAGAGUCAUUUUCUGGCGUGGUUAGCGCCCGUUUCAGACCAAAAGGAGCGUCCCAGCAGAGCGGUGUUGGCAGCCUGAACAACCAAGUCUUAAGUAGUGACAAAGAGUUUGAGCAGCUGUUGUCCCUCGUCAAAAACAUCUCAGGAGUCAGCGAAGGACCGUUGUCCUAUCAGCCUACAAAAACAGCUCUCUCUAGCUUCCUGUCGUUUAACUACCAGGCAGAUUCUCCAGGAGAUAGCUGUGAUAUGGAGCAAAAAAGCCAGAAUGAAGCAAAUAAAACAUCCCCAGUAGCUCCGAAAGGCUGCAUAAUGCCUCUAAACUGUAUGACAGGAAAAGCCUCCAACAUGAGUUUCGAAGACCUUCACGCUAAAGUCGCCCCCAGCUCAAGAACCCCUUCAAAGACAAAGAUUGGGCAAUCUUUGCAUGAUCCUGAACUCUCCUCUCUCUCCACCCCUUGUGCACUCCCCUUGUCAGCUGAUGCACAAGUUACGCCCCACUCCACCCUCGUCUGUAGCCCCUCCAUACAUCCUUCAAGCACGGGGCCCAGUGUCGGAGCCGGUACAACUCUGGCUGUGCCCCCCUACACCACCUCCACCACAGACCAGCCCCUGGUCGAUGCACGGCACUCACUUUUGCCUGAGGAGACUCAGCCAGCUAGCAACCUGCCCCGUCAGGAGAGCAGACCUCAUCCAGUGAAGCCGUUAACAUCAAGCCAACCAGAGAAGAAAGAGAGUCGCUCCGUCCUGGAGAAACUUAAGUCUACAAUUCACCCCGGACGCAGCGCCACGCAGCAGGCUUCAGCAGAAGCAGAGAGGAGUCAGGAGGUGACGGUCGAUAACUCGGCGCAGUACCAACACCUGACCAACAUGGAGCUGAUCUCUCUGCUGCUGCAGCAGGAGAUGGACAUGCAGAAGCAGCAGGCGGCCUCCGAGCAGCAGGAGGCGCAGCUGCAGAAAUGUGAGGCGGAGCUGAAAAAGGUCAAAUCACAGGUCAGAGACCUGGAGGACUACAUCGAUAACCUUCUACUGAGAAUCAUGGAGCAAACGCCCACGCUGCUUCAAGUGCGUACCAGACACAAGUGACGGCAUCUGGAGCGCCGCGUCUAGAGACAGUCAACCAAACGCUUCACAACUGUCCAGGUCCUCUCACUGCUAAUACUGCCCUGUUGAUGUAGACACGAUAUUAUCUAACAUGCAUGCUGGUUGAUCUCAGAAUCUGGCACGAGGAAAAAAUGCUGAAAAUUUGGAGAAACAGCUUCGAUCAAAGCGGAUGCAAAAAAUACUUUUUACCCAUGCUUACUAGAAUAAUUUAAGGUAGUCAGCUGUAAAAAUGAAAAAUACUGCUUUCACACAUGCAUUAGGAAAUAUUAAUUAGGAUAAAAGCACUUUUUGGAUUUGUCUUUGUCUUUCUCUUGUUAAAUAUGAAAUUAACUGAAGUAAACCUAAAAAUUGGAGCUGCUGCUAUGACAAAAUGCUCAGUAUUUUAAUCUCAAACUGUUUUAAGAAAUGCUAAGAGCACAAAGGUUCACUUGAGUUAACUGCAUAUUUAAAGUUGAAUUAGAAAAUGCUUUGAUAAGUAGCAACACAUCAUAAAAAGCUGUGCUGCAAUAAAAGAUGUUUCUGCAUUAACAUUGCUGUAUGAUAAAAAUACAUUCAUGUUUAUGUGUAAAAAGACUUAAAGAGGAUAAAGACUUACUCUGUUUCGUGUCUUUUUAUUUUUCAGACAAUGGCUUCAUUCAUUUAAAAAUAAGUAUGUUUAAAUAUAUUUUCAUGUUUUAUUGUCGUUAUUUAGUUGAGGUUGAAAUAACAUUUCACUGCAUAAAUGAUCUAAAAUGACUCAAUGCAGUAAAAGAGUUUCAUAAGUUAUUUCUAUUAAACACUUUUGUGAAAAUUAUAAUAUAUUCUACCAACCACUCUAGUACCGAUGUAGCUACAUGCAAUG